ACGAGAGCACAUAAAAAGCUGCAAAAACCGAAUAUUCAAAACCACCAAACUCCGUUACUUAAAACAACUUGAGAAACUCAUUCAUCUUCUCCUUCCUUCGCUUAGCCCACACGCUACUUUGCUCCUUCCUCUCCAUUUCUCUGAAUCUGCAGAAAACAGGAUAGGAAGGUUAGGUGAUAAAGGGUCUUCUUCUUUUCUUCGCCAAGAAAAGGGUUUUCUUUUUAUCUAAUCCAUUAUCCAUUAGCUAACCUUUUGCUCUUUUCUCCUUCCCGAGAAAAAAGAAAAGGAACAAGCGAUACCAAAAAGAAUUCUUCGGAUUCGCUUUUGUAUAUAUUCCUUUCUAUAAUAAAUCCCAGUCAAAAUCCCCUUUCCUCAAUUCCCACCAUUUCAUACAUUCUCCCAAUUCCCAAUCAAAAUCCUCAUAAUGUAUUUCCCGGGGUUGUUCCUUUUCUUUUCCUUGUUUUCCCUCGUUUUAUCUGAAGAACCGUUCAAUUCUCACAUUUUACCGAGGCCUUUGAUCCUUGAGUACCCGGGGAACAUAAUCGAAACUACCCAAUUCAAGCAAUUGGACAAUGAGCUCCAAUUGCAGUGUACCAGCUGGAGAUUUGCGGUGGAGGCUAACAAUUUGAAUCCUUGGAAAACGAUUCCGCAGGAGUGUGUACAUUAUGUGAGAGAUUACGUGAUGGGAAGGGGUUAUCGACUCGACCUUGAGAGGGUGUCGAAUGAGGCUGGAGUUUUUGCCAAGAGUGUCCAGAAGAGUGAAGAUGGCAAGGAUGCCUGGGUGUUCGAUGUUGACGAAACUUUGCUCUCCAAUCUCCCUUACUAUGCUGACCAUGGUUAUGGCUUGGAGAUUUUUGAUCCAGUGGAAUUUGACAAGUGGGUUGAGAAGGCUUUGGCACCGGCUAUAGAGCCUAGUUUAAAACUCUAUAAGGAAAUUCUCGGUUUGGGCUUCAAGGUUUUCUUGCUGACAGGACGCAGUGAGAAGCAAAGGAUUGUCACGGAGGAGAACUUGAUCAAAGCUGGGUUUCAGGAUUGGGACAAGCUUAUUUUGAGGGCCUCCGAUGAUCACGGGAAACUAGCGACAAUAUACAAGUCAGAGAAAAGAAGUGAAAUGGUAAAAGAAGGAUAUCGAAUUCUAGGAAACUCUGGUGAUCAAUGGAGUGAUUUACUAGGUUCUGCUAUAUCAAAUCGCUCAUUCAAGCUUCCCAAUCCUAUGUAUUACAUUCCUUGACACUAAAAAAAGAAAAAAACUUAAAAUUGUUUCACCAAGUGAUUGUGCAUUAUAUAGGGACCUCAGUAUUGUUGAAUGUAAAGGCAUCUAAUCUUGUGAAGUAUUAUUGUACCGAGUAAUGUGAUGCCAUACACAAUGCUUAUAUUAUUGCCAUUUGCACAAGUUCUACUUUGUGGAAACACCAAAUAAUUAGGCUUCUGGUGAUAAGAAAAACUUGUAAUGACAAGUUAGGGACAGUGUAUGAAAAUAAAGUUGCUUUCCUGAUGAA